CGAGACCCCCGGGGGCUGCCGGCUUUUUGCCGUGCCUGCGCUCCGAGACAUGUGCUGGGCGAGCACCCGAUCCGUUUUGGUCGCGUUUGCCUGCACAGCGCCGGCCGCGGCGGCGCAGCAGUGGACCACCCUGGGCACUGGCGGCUGCCGCUCGCAGGGCGGCCUGACGCGGAAGCUGCGCGUGCAGCGGGGCCUCGCCGACCUCGCGGACUGCAGACAGGUUUGUGAUGUCGACCCCGAGUGCACGGCCGUGGUCUUUGGCAUUUUCGAAGGCUCGACCAUUUGCCACAUCUUGGCCGGGGGCCCGUACACUCACUCCGACGCCCAGGCCGCGGACUUCUCGUGCUCGGUGAAGACGAUGUACUGCCGGAUGCCCUACCAGCUGUCCGGCUACAGCUUCGACCGGGCGCUGUGCGGCCCCGCGGCCGCGUCGCCGCAGUGCGAGGUCCAGUGCGCGCAGGGCUACGCCGGCUCUCCGGUGGCCUACUGCGUCACAGGCGGCGGAGAAUUCGGCCUCGAGGGCUGCGCGCUGCUCUCGAGCGUCUGGAGGCUCCACGCCAGCAGCGGCUGCACAGACCACGGCGCGCUGCCGGCGGUGGCAACGCAGUACGCGGCCUCGCUGGCGCAGUGCCAGGCCGCGUGCGAGGUCCACGGGAACUGCGCCGCCGUGACCUAUCACGCCGCGGUCUCCCGGUGCCACCUCUUCCCAGGCCUCACCGCCCCGCAGCAGGCCGCCGCUAACGCCUCCAGCGAGGGCCACCCGGAGUGCUGGACCCUCGACCCGGCCGUGGCUUCGCCUGCCGGGCCGGCCGUGCCGAGCAGCGGCCCGAGCUACGAGGACCGCGCCAACGCGUGGCUGAACGUCCGCCCCGCUGGCGGCGCGGGCGCCGGAGAGCAGAGGCCGAGGACGACGGCGGCGGCGAGGGCGUGGAGGUGGGCGUGGCAGUGGCCAUCACGGUGUGCGUCGCGCUGGCAGCCGUGGCGUUCGGCGUCUUCUUCACACUCUUCGUGCAAAAGCAGCGCGACGCGGUGA